AUCAUGACACGCGACAACUUGAUAUACUUCCUCCUUCGAUUCUCUCUCAAUCGAAAUAACAACCAAAUUGAAGGAGACGCCAAACCCUAAACAAAGCCAGCCAUGAGCCUGAUCCCCACAUCCUCACCACCGGACCUGAACCCAGCCGCAUCCUCACCAACGGACCUGAUCCCCACAUCCUCACCACCGGACCUGAACCCAGCCACAUCCGCACCGAUCAUUAACCCACUCAAGAGGCCGGACCCCACAUCCUCGCCACCGGACCUGAACGCCACAUCCUUACCAACGGACCUGAACCCAGCCAAGAAAUCGAAGCCGAACAUCCCCGAGCUACGAGAAUAUGAACUUCCCGAGUGCGAGAUGGAUGCCGAUGUUCUAAAACUCUCGCCAGAAGAAAGGAUGCGAAGGAGCUGGUUGGCCUUUAACGAAGAAUUGAAGAAAAAUCCUCCUCCAAAGGGUGUCUUACCCGAUGGACCAAAAUUCGAUCCUUCACAACCUUUACCAAAGGGAUAUGCAUGGAGUUCUUACAUCCCUGGGAGUGGAAUUAAAUCUUUUCCUAUUAGGAUGCAUUGCAUUGGCUGUGGCCUGGCUGGAGAUCACUGGACUGAUGACUGCCCAAAAAAGGGUACUGAAGAGUUCAAGAGGAAUUUAACUAGUAUUGUCGAGAAUUAUCUUGAUGAGACCGGGAAAAAGACCAAGUAAUGUUCUGUGGAUGAGUCGUAUUUUAACAGGCUACACUACUUAUCCCUCCAUCAUGUUAAUUAUCUUAUGAUCUACCCAAGUCCUCUGGAUGUUAGGAACUUUUGUUACAGUCUUGUGUUUGUGAACUAGGCUAAAAACAUAUUGUUAUUUAACUUGUGAGAGUAUUCUGGCACCAUCUAAUGUAAUAUUUGUUGUGCCAAUGUAUUAUCUUGUUUAAUGAUCUAUCUUUCUGAUC